AUGGCCCGUGGCCCUGCUCAGACGACCCAACUGCUGCCGCUGCUGCCUCUGCUUCUGCUGCUGCUCCGGGACGCAGGCGGCAGCCACCAGGCGCCCGCCUGGUCCGCCCCGCCUGCAGCCGCUGAUGGCCAGGCUGGAAUCAAGGACCCCUGGCGGUCCCCGGGGGACGCUGCCACCACUCUGGGCCCUGGCGCCCAAGACAUGGUCGCUGUCCACAUGCUCCGGCUUUAUGAGAAAUACAGUCGGAGGGGCGCGAAGCCGGGAGGGGGCAACACGGUUCGAAGCUUCCGGUCCCGGCUAGAAAUGGUCGACCAGAAGGCUGUGUAUUUCUUCAACCUGACUUCCUUGCAGGAAUCAGAAAUGAUCCUUUCAGCCACAUUCCAUUUCUAUUCGGAACCUCGGUGGCCCCGGGCACGAGAGGUACCCUGCAAGCAGCGGGCCAAGAACGUGUCAUGCCGCCUCCUGCCCCCGGGCCUGCCCGCACGCCAGCACCUGGUCUUCCGCAGUGUCCCUCAGAACACGGCCACACAGGGGCUGCUCCGUGGGGCCAUGGCCCUGGCGCCCCCGCCACGGGGCCUGUGGCAGGCCAAGGACAUCUCCCCUAUCGUCAAGGCAGCCCGCCAGGAUGGCGAGCUGCUCCUCUCUGCCCAGCUGGAUUCUGGGGAGAAGGCCCCAGGGGUGUCCAGGCCAAGCCCCCAUGCACCUUACAUCCUCAUUUAUGCUGAUGACCUGGCCAUCUCAGAGCCCAACAGUGUGGCAGUGACGCUGCAGAGAUAUGACCCCUUCCAGGCUGGAGACCCGGAGCCUGGCACAGCCCCCAACAGCUCGGCGGACCCCCGUGUGCGCCGGGCCACUGAGGCCACUGGACCCCUCCAGGACAAUGAGCUGCCAGGACUGGAUGAGAGGCCGGCGCCCUCCCCCCACGCCCAGCACUACCAUAGGCACGAACUGUGGCCCGGCCCUUUCAGGGCCCUGAAACCACGGCCAGGGCGCAAGGACCGAAGGAAGAAGGGCCAGGAUGUGUUCAUGGCCUCCUCACGGGAGCUGGACUUCGACGAGAAGACGAUGCAGAAAGCCCGGAGGAAGCAGUGGGCCGAGCCAAGGGUCUGCUCCCGCAGGUAUCUGAAGGUGGACUUCGCAGACAUCGGGUGGAAUGAGUGGAUCGUCCUGCCCAAAUCCUUCGAUGCCUACUACUGUGCGGGGGUGUGCGAGUUCCCCAUGCCCAAGAUUGUCCGCCCGUCCAACCACGCCACCAUCCAGAGCAUCGUCAGGGCUGUGGGCAUCGUCCCGGGCAUCCCAGAGCCUUGCUGUGUUCCUGACAAGAUGAACUCUCUUGGGGUCCUCUUCCUGGAUGAGAACCGGAACAUGGUUCUGAAGGUGUACCCUAACAUGUCUGUGGAGACCUGUGCCUGUCGGUAAGACCAGCCACUCUGGGGUGGAAGGAAACUGCCCUGCCCCGCUUCCAGCAGGGCAGCAUCCUCAGGGCCUUCCGGGGUAAGGGCUUCAUGAGGGAUACAGCUGCAUAUGCAGGGAAGAGCUCACAGGCACCCUCACCGGAUUCCAGAAAGAUCUGUCCCCCGAGGCCCAUUCUGGAGUCUCUCAUUGCUGAUGACUUAGCUCUCCACGUGCCAGUCUGAAUCCCCUGAAGGGAAUUAGCCCUUGCCUGAAGGCUGCUCAUGGUUCAUCCCCUCUGCUCUGAAGACCCAAAAGUCAAAUGUGGCCACCAUGUUGGCUUUUGUGACCAUCAUCUCAUAACCAGGGAAGAAGGCUGAAAAUGUGAGGACACCUGCUCUCAUCACAAGGAAUGAACCUCUGUUCAGACAGUCAGUUGAAAACACUUUGGGCCACAUACUGAUAUGAGACGAAGCGCCUCAAUAAUGAUAUGAACUUUGAAAUUCUACUACAAAAGCUUUCACACAUACAGUAUGCACGUAUAACCCAUUGUGGUUCUUUUUUCUUAAUAUAUAUUUUAUUUUAAAAUGAAGAGGAGGGAGUGGACACCAUUCCCCACAGAGGUAAUCAGGCUGGUUAAGGGUACAUUGUUUAAACCUGUUUAUUGAAAUAACAUGUGCAGUAAUAUGUUGGAAUACUAAAAAAUAACCAAGAUUUUUAUAUUUUUGUAAGUUAUACUUUGUAUACUGUAGAUUGUUUAUGUUAUGUGUUUUUAUGGAAAGCUAAUAAAUUGAAGGUACAGUG